CACUUCCUGGUGCUGUUUGUUGUGGAAAUACCGUGGAACUGAAACAGCCAACUGUACAGAUCAGGAACAAGGAAGAAACAUCGCUACUAGCUAGAAUAAAUCUUUGAAGCAUGUGGUGUCAGCGGUAGGUAACAGGCUGAAAGGUUGAACUAGUUACGGACCUCUCGUUGCUUCGGAACGCAAGCUUGGUCUGGAACAGCAAAGCCGGUGGCGCGAGCUGUCGCGAUGUUGUGAACGAUGGACAGCAGAAUAAACGAGUUUCCCGAGAGGACGUUUGAUUUGGUACUACAGGUUGCAUGCCCAACAUCUGAAAAUGAAGAUCCUACUGUGCGGUGGAGCUUCCCCCAGGACUACACAGACCAGGAGGUUCUCCAGACGGUGCCCAAGUUCUGCUUCCCCUUCGAUGUGGAGAGGGUUUCCCAGAGUCCGGUGGGCCAGAACUUUACCUUUGUGCUGACGGACAUCGAGAGCAAGCAGAGGUUUGGCUUCUGCAGACUCACGUCCGGCUGCCGUGUCUGCAUCUGUCUGCUCAGUUAUCUGCCCUGGUUUGAGAUCUAUUACAAGCUCCUGAACACGCUAGCAGAUUACCUAACCACAAACCAGGAGAAUGAGCUGAAUGACAUGCUGAACUCUCUGUACAGUCUGCCGGUGCCAAAGCCCUUCACCCCCGUCAACCUGAGUGUGGCCGCACUGUUGCAUAUAGCCACUGGGCAAGUACUGAAAGAUGCACCAAGCCAGCAGCCGCACUCCUACUUCAUAACACCAGAUAUCAACGGCCUGCCCACCAUCCCGGAGAGUAGGAACCUGACAGAGUAUUUUGUGGCGGUGGACGUCAACAACAUGCUACAGCUGUACGCCAGCAUGCUGCACGAACGACGCAUUAUCAUUACCUCAAGCAAGCUUAGCACUUUAACAGCGUGUGUCCACGGUUCAGCUGCCAUGUUGUACCCCAUGUACUGGCAACACAUCUACAUCCCUGUACUGCCUCCACAUCUUCUGGACUACUGCUGUGCCCCCAUGCCAUACCUGGUAGGAGUUCAUCUCAGCCUGCUCGAGAGAGUGCGUAGCAGGUCGUUGGAGGAUGUAGUGAUACUAAACGUUGACACCAACACACUAGAGAGUCCCCAGAAUGACCUGCAGAACCUGCCCAGUGACGUGCUCCACUCUCUGAAGAGUAAGCUGAAGAAGCAGUCGACAGCAACAGGAAGUGGAGUAGCGAGGUCCUUCCUCCGAGCUCAGGCUGCUUUGUUUGGAUCCUACAGAGACGCCCUCCGAUACAAACCUGGGGAGCCAAUCACAUUCUGCGAGGAGAGUUUUGUGGCUCACCGCUCCAGCACCAUGAAACACUUCCUGGAGAUGGCUGUCAACCUGCAGCUCUUCAAACAGUUUAUUGACGGCCGUCUGGCCAAGCUGAACGCGGGAAGAGGCUUCACUGACCUGUUCGAGGAUGAGAUCACUGAGGGAGGUUUCUGUGGAAGUAAUUCCAAGUCUUAUCAACAGUGGGUGCACACCGUCAAGAGAGGCGGAGCGCUGAUCAACACUGCGGUGACCAAGAGAGGCGGAGCGCUGAUCAACACUGCGGUGACCAAGGCCAAGAGUCAUGCCAAGAGGGGCAUUCGCAGGCUUAAACAAAGGAUGGGAUUCACCAUGAGUCACCUGAGGAACGCUGGUUGUGUUUUUGUUUUUUUACAGCAUUAUGACACCAAGUGUCCCAUGGGAUGUCCUGACUUUGCCAUCGAUGGCGAUGAAGAGGACACUGCCAACAAGAUCUCGUCUGAGGACAGUGGGGAGGUGGCGUCUUACACAGAGGACAGCGACGAAUCCUAUUCGUUGGAGCUGGACACAGACUCCUCCCACACGGGCCAGAUGAACCUAUUGGAGGAGAUCCUGGACUCUCUGAGCACCACCAGCACAGAGCACGGCAAACUCAGCGCCGCCAAGAGCCUGGACUUCAGUUCAAUGGACAACAUCAACUACAAGGCAACGAACACCUCCAACCCUGUCAGUGAGAGCAACCUGCCCCAGGUGUGUACUAGUGGCAGUGGGGUGGUGGGGAGAGGAGGAGAACAGGGAGGGGGCUGGCAGGAUGACGGUGCCCUCCACGGGAAGCACCUGCCCCCCUCCCCACGUAGACAGCCCAGCAAGAGCAGCCUCGAGAGGCAAAAGCAUAUCCUCUCAACAUCCUCUCCACCCGUCCUAGCUCCAGCCUCAGAGCAGGACAACCAGGUCCCCAAUCUCCAGCCCAAGACCCAGGCCCCUCAGACCAAGGCCCAGAAUAAAAUCCAACCUAAUCCCCAGGUCCUUUAUGACACACCCGCUAUCUGUCUCUCUCAGCUCUGUCCAGAGGAGUCUUCGCUCCCCACACCUCCAUCACCAUCCCUGGGAGACCACCACAUCUCAUCCAACCGGUCUCCAGCACCAACUCGUGCCUCCACAUGCAAUCCUCCACUGGCAACACACACACCACCGCUAACCCACACUAGAGAGUCCCCAAACCCCCAGUUGCUCAGCCCUGAGUCCAAACCCCAGACCACCUCCAGCAUCCUGCGGAGGAAGGUGCUGUCCAAGGAAACGAUGAGGCAGUACCAGGACAAGAGUCUCCAGAGGCAGGGCAGCAAGAACCGAGAGAGUCUGGGGGUGAAGGCCAGGCAGCCUUCAGUGCUGGUGCCCUGGGAGAGAGAGAGCCCAGAGGAGAUGGGUCAGGGAGAGGAGCUGGGGCAAGAACAGGACAGGGUCUCAGGGGCAGAGGUCCAGGAGAAAGGACUUCUGGAGGAGAUAGAUUCCAUGUGUCAUCUCGGCUCAGACUUUCAGACCAGCCUACAACUGUCCCAGGUCCACUGCAAAAACAACAACACACAUGAUAAUACCCAUUACAACAACCACAGCCACAGCAAAGCCACAGACAAGUCUUGA